GCUCCGCUGAUCCUGACGACGAGCUUCCAGACCAUCAUGGUUGCCGCAGGACCGCGCGCCGCCGAAUUGUAUUCAGCAGUCGUCACUGCAGUGACCCCGGCCGUCACUGCCGGCUACGAGCCCAUCGUGGAGGUGGGCUGCGUGAUGGGCAACGCCGUGCUCUUCGAUGACGGCUGCACGCAAACCGACUCGCUGUACAUCGAUCACAUUACGAACGUGAAGGUCUGCGUCGCAGACUCUGUGGCCACGGCUGAGAUGGAGUUCGUGCCCUCCGCGUCUGGCACCUACACCCGGACGCACGGCCUCUCGGUGCAGCUCCUGCUGCGCCGGCCCGCGGCGGAGUCCUGGGAGGUGCUCGUGCAGGACACCGUGCGGCCCAGCGACUUCACGGUCAACGAGGUCAACGUGUUCGGGCCUGUGGAGUUCGGCCUGUUCGAGCCCGGGCAGCACUACGUGCGUGCGACGCUGGUGGACCGCGCGUCUAUGAAUGACGCCGUCGAAGGCACCUGCGCCGUGCCCGGGGUGGCCCGCAAUGCCUCCUCCUCCGCCGCGGUGGUGCAGGACCGGCACUUCGACAACGUCGAUGUCGCCUUCGAGCCCAACUCGCCGGAAGGAGCUUCCCCGGUGGAGUUCGUGGGCGCUCUGGCGGCCGCCAUCGCCUGCAGCAUAUCGGCCGCUGUGGUGGCGGGCGCCCUCGGAGCCGACAGCUGUCCGCUGUGCUCUCGCUGCCGCCGGCGGGCGGUGGAGGCCGACGCGGAGGCGCCGGGAGGAGGCCGCCGAGAGGCGCCGCAGGGCCCGGGUGCCGCCGCCGAGGCCGCCCGCUGCCUGCGGCCGGUGCAGGCGGUGCGGGCGCUGCUGCUGUUCCUGGUGUCGCUGCUCCUGCUGGGCUGCGCGCUGCUGCUGCUGUUCCGCAGGCGCGGGGGGCCCGCCGGGGGCGUCGGUGAGGGGGGCGAGGCAGGGGGCUCCCCGAGGGCGCGGCAAGUCCAGGAGGUGAGGCCUGGGCCGGGCCCCUUCGUCAUCACGAACAUGUGGCUGCAGGAAUUCGGGUCGAGAGCUUCCGGGGACCCUCGGAUCGAACAGCUCAGGACGGAGGUGCGGGCGAAGACGCAGUGCGCUGGAUUUGUUCUACAGGUGGGCUGCCAGGCCCAGUCCUGCGAGGAGCCCCGCGGGAUGCUGCGCGCCAGCGGCGCGCUCCUCCCCCGCGGCGCGAGGGUGCGCCCCGCCGUGCUGCCGGGCGGCUCGUCGCCCUCGGCCGCCCUCGCCGGGCGGGCCGAGGCGCGCGGGCUCCACGAGGGCAGUGCUCGCGGCGCCUUCCUGCCCGCGAUACCCUCCUUCGCCUCCGGCCUCGAGCUGGGCAACGCGGCCGGCUCGGCCGCCAUCGUGGCUUCAUUCUUGCACCAUCUUGCAUUUCUUUCUCCUGCCGUUCGCGGCGACCCUGCAGUCAAGUGUCCAGCCAUGGCAGAGAUCGCUAUGAAGAAGAUGCUGCAGGAACUCAUGGAGUUCUACGCCAAGUACGGCCUCAGGAAGCUCCUCAAUUCGUUCUUUCUCGCAGCACACUUCGAGCAGUUGAAGGCCAGAUCCCCCAAGGAAUUAGGCGAUGAUAAUGCUGUCGAGGUCCAAUUCCAUGGCAUUUCGCAGGUGUACAAACUCAAGUUCAAGACCGAGGACUCAGCCACUGAGUUCCAGAGGAAGGCGAACAUGGUUGGUAUUUCCUGCCGGGACUUUCGUGAUCAAAGCGUCCAUCCUCUCCGGAUUCGGGGAGAUCUUCCUCUCCACGUCCGCCAGAAGAAGCGGGCCUUCUCUAGCAUCUACGUUUCCGUCAAGCAGCUCGCGAUGAAGAGCCCGCCGUCGGACGCCUCGUGCAAGCUCGGGGUCAACGGCCGCAAGGGUGCAUUGCAGGUCAUAUCCGACUCCGACGUCUACGAGCUCGUGUCGGCGAAGCAGGGCUCUGGAGACCAGUUCACGUUCGAACCGAACCAGGCCUCGCUGACGACCUGGGGCAUCACCCCCGACCAGAUCCAGGAGGCGCUUGAUGACCUGUGA